CAGACCUAAUAAUCAUUGGACAUUAGGUACUGGAGGCUGCGUCGUCUCUAUAAUGAGACGCCGUGCUGAUCGUGAACCUUCGCCAACUUCAAAGCGAUCACGCGACCGUAGCUCGUACACGGAACACGGCAGGACGGUAUCGCCUCGACGGCCACGAGAUGAACGUUAUGCUUCAUCCUCUUAUUCCCGAGGUAGUCAACGCUCAUCGGAUGGACGACGUAGUGGUGAACAUCGAUGUAGGGAAGGAACACCAAAUGACUUCCGGACUCUUUACGUUAGGAAGUUUUCCUCAAAAUUAAGUUUCGACACGCUACAAGAAAUGUUGUUUCGUGAGUUCGAGAAAUUCGGUGAUAUGUCAAUAAGUGUUGGACACUUGGAUGGAGAACGAGCAGCUCUGAUUACUUUUAAAUACAGUGAAGAUGCACAAGAAGCGUACUAUGCGAAGCCCACUGUCUACCUGAGCGAUCGGUCCGUACCGGUGGAAAUACUUCCGGAGACGAUAGUGGAGGAAGAUCCGCGUAACGUCGUAACAAAGAACCCACGUAACACGAGGCGACAUGGCGACCAAGAAGACACGGGGGAGUCAGCGUUUGAUCGCCCGCGCAGUGUUGCCCCUAAGAUGGACCAUAAGUUCGUAGAGAUGUUAGCAAAGACUGCAUCGGUCAUUCCACCUGGGUCGACGAGUCUUCUAGGGAUGCCUGGAAUCACCUCGUCAGCUAUGGUUGCUGCAGCUGCCAGAGCUUUGGGUUUGGGAGCUCCACCAGGCUCCUUGGCACCACCAAUACCUCCAAUGCUACCGACCAUACCCCACAAUCGUCACACUCCGGCCACGGGACCUCGAGGUCUGUCUCCCGGGUCUGACCCAGACGAGGAACUUAAGGCUACCAGAACCCUCUUCGUUGGCAGUCUAGAGGCAGAUAUUACAGAGACCGAAGUACUACAAGCAUUCGAGCGCUUCGGAAACAUCGAGCAAAUUGACGUGAAACGUGCUGCCAAACCCGGCGCACACUCAUACGCAUUUGUACGCUUUGAGGAUGUUGACAUGGCCUGCCGUGCCCGCGCGUUAAUCAACGGUCGUCGCGUGCGUUCCUUCCACUGUAAAAUUGGAUUCGGGAAGGCUAUUCCUUCCCAGUGUUUGCAUAUUAGCGGACUUGGCCCGUGGAUUUCACCCGAAACUUUCCACCAAUUGCUAUCGCGUUUCGGUCAAGUAACUCAGCUAGACUGGCCGCCCGACAGGCGAUACGCACGCGUUAUGUUUGAGACCUGUGAGUCUGCAUGCAAUGCUAAUAACCAACUUAAGGGUCUACUAGUCGGCGAUCGCAAAGGUGGCAGACUUCGGUCCGACUUCAUCAACCCAGAGGCGAUGCGAUUUGGGCGCAACAAAGGACCAUCCUCUUUACAAGCAUUGCUGGAGGGGAACACAUCCAACCAUCCAUCCGAAUUCCGCGGGAGCGGACUUCCAGGGCAACCUUUGAUGGAUUCUACAAGAACCAACAUCAGAAUUACAUCGUUUCGACCAGCAGAUCAGCAAUUCAAAUAUACUAGCCUUCAUGGGAUUACCGACGAGCAACCUGGCGACGAUAACUGGCAUUCUAUACAUGGUGGAAGACAAAGCGGGCAUCGCCGUCACACGUUCACGCGGAGUACCCCUCGUUUCCAGGCUGCCGAUGGGACAAGAGACUCCGCCGAGAAACCACCCAUUACUCUGCAAGAUGUUGUGACUUUGAGAGAUUUGGAUGACUGCCUUCAACCGGAUAUUUGGAGGGGUGAAAUCCUUUUGAAGACCAACGGGUUUUUCUUCCGUUGCCUUCAUGUUAUCGGGGAUGCCGAAGUUGGGUCUCAGCUGGGGAAAUCCUCAACCCUAAAACCUGAUGAGGACGAUAUUCUGCAUCCAACGCUUCGAGUUCAGAAGCGCGGUUCAUUAGAUCCAACUUGGAUGGCUGAGGCCACACACCGUAUACAUGACGUUCUGUCUAACUACCACCGCGGUUUAUGUCUGCUACUUAUGCUGCCUGACCAUGAACAAAGUGCUUCCGAUCUUGCAGAACAUGCUUGUGGAAUCGAGAAGACUGUGGCCAAAUCCCCAUCUUCAUCAGCUGGUCGUCACUUUCCUCUCGCAACUCUCAUAGCCUACAUGAAGCUGAAGCAAGCUGUCGGUGUUGUUGUUCCUGUGAAACCAUUGAAUCAGUGCGAUGAGGAAAACAGAGCUGCCACAAACGAGGAGACCAACACUAACACCUCGUCCUCUCCGGGAGAAGACAACCUACCACUUUCAGUACAUUUAUUCGCUCCAAGCAGCUUUGCUCUUAGUCUUCUUAAACAGGCCGCACCAAGACUGAGUUCAGAACUAGCUACCGCCGAUAGCUACAUGGUUUUGUUGGCUAUUAGACGGUGGCUGUUGAUCUGUUCGCCGAGCUUGGCAAUUAGCUUGCAAACGUUUCGUCAACAUACGAGGAGACAUCAUCAGUCCGCAGUUGGAUGGGUAGUUCUUCCUUGCCUGCGCUAUCUGUUAUCUUCUGACGUGAUUGGCUACUUGAAGUGUAACGAAUUUAGUGAAUCUAUUGAUCCAUUUGUGAUCUUUGUUGCAUUGUGGUCUGUGUUCCUUUGUGUUGAUUGUUGGGACGAAACGUUUGCAAGCCAAUUGCCAGGCUCAGCGAACAGAUCAACAGCCACCUGA